AUGCACCGCAAGGGCCUCCUUUUCGCUCCAGAUGACACAUCCACCCAGAAAAUCCUUGCACGGGAUACUGAAUCACCACAUUCCGGACCUCCGGAGCAUUGGCCGCCAAAUACCAGGCUUCGACGCUUCUGUACAAAUCCGAAGCUUAAGGAGCAGCUUUUGGCUACUGGAAGCAGGGGACUUGUAGAAACUAGUCCAAGAGAUCAGAUAUGGAGUGUUGGAUUUGGAGCGAAGAAUGCUGGGAAUGGGGGAAGGAUUGGGCGUUAA